AUGAACCUCGUGGGCAGCUACGCACACCAUCACCACCAUCACCACCAUCACCACCCACACCCAACGCACCCCAUGCUCCACGAACCCUUCCUCUUCGGCCCGGCCUCGCGCUGUCACCAGGAGCGGCCCUACUUCCAGAGCUGGCUGCUGAGCCCCGCUGACGCUGCCCCAGACUUCCCCGCCGGCGGGCCACCGCCCACAGCCGCGGCGGCCACCGCAGCCUACGGUCCGGACGCCAGGCCGGGCCAGAGCCCCGGGCGGCUGGAGGCGCUCGGAGGCCGCCUGGGCCGGCGGAAAGCCUCAGGACCCAAGAAGGAGCGGAGGCGCACAGAGAGCAUUAACAGCGCUUUCGCAGAGCUGCGCGAGUGCAUCCCCAACGUGCCUGCGGACACCAAGCUCUCCAAGAUCAAGACUCUGCGCCUGGCCACCAGCUACAUCGCCUAUCUGAUGGACGUGCUGGCCAAGGACGCACAGGCCGGCGACCCCGAAGCCUUCAAGGCCGAACUCAAGAAGGCGGAUGGUGGCCGCGAGAGCAAGCGGAAAAGGGAGCUGCAGCAACACGAAGCCUUUCCUCCUGCCCUGGGCCCAGGCGAGAAGAGGAUUAAAGGGCGCACAGGCUGGCCGCAGCAAGUCUGGGCGCUGGAGUUAAACCAGUGAGCUGAGGCCGCGCCGAGGACCCCGCCACGGCUGCCCGACCCCGGAGCCCCGGGAGGAGAGGAAGGCGGCGGCGAGGGCCAGGCUCUGGGUGCCAGGGGCUUAUAGGGGCGCAUCCCGCAGAGCCUCUGCUGCGAGCUGGCAGGUUGCCGGCUGCAACAACACACUUGGAUCACACGUGCAAUGUCAUUUGAAAUUGUUUUUAAUACAUUAAGAGAAAGAGAAAUAUAUAUAUAUCCACCCCCCCCCCCCCAAACUGAGAGGGCGGCUCUUGGCUGCACAAUGCGGGAGAGAGGGACUGCGGGACUCCAGCGCGCUAAAACGCACCCUUCCAACCCUUCUGGGGCGAAUUUAGAACCCCGGAUGCUUUCUCCACUUUGCCUACUGGCUCUUUUACUCGUCCUCCUGUCAGCUUUGCGGCAAAUCCCCCGAGCGCUCUCUUCCCAAAUUAAAAUGCAAUAAGAGGAAUCAAUAGUUUUCUGCCAGGGAAAGAGAACCAAACCAGGAAGAUGGAGGGCUGCCUUUUGUUGUUCUCC